CCCCACGGCAAUUAUCCAAUCAGAUAUCGGGUUUUGAUUACGGUGGGCGGGGCGUCACAGGGAAAUCCUUGCGCGCAGUGGCUGGUGGUUGUCGGUGAGGGCGGGGCUUGUAGACGGAAGUGUUUCCCGACUGGCCCAGCUGUCAUCCAGAAGAGAGAAGAGACCAUUUACACCGGCUGGUCAGAAAAAUGCAGAAAAAGGCAAAAUGCUAAAAUGUGGUAACAUCUGAACGAUAAGGUCAUGACGCCGAACUGAAGGCCUCCCAUGGCUAAGCCAGUCAAUGAUUUAAUCUCAUUGAUUGCAUCACAAGACCAGGCAGGGUGCAGCUCAAGCACAUUCACUCUUUGGGGAAGCUUAUCUCGAGCAGAGCUAGGUGAAAGACAUCGGUGUAAGCCAGAGGCAAAACUGAACAUUUACUGGGGGUUCUAAUGGGGGACUACGGCUUUGGAGUUCUGGUGAAGAGUGGCAGUAGCAACAAACCUGCUUUUCCUGUGAGGAUCCCUCCUCACCUUCAGUCUCACCUCCCCUCAAACCCUCCCAGCCCCCCUUCCUUCAUUAACAACACCUGCUCCACCAAUGGGGGCAGUGCCUGGCUGUUCCCUCCCGUAGCCCAGCACACUAACAUGCAAGAUGAGAUUCUGGAGCCAGACAAGUCCAAGGCUUUGGACCUCCAGGAUGUGCCAGAGAAGCCCCAGGUCCAGGCACACCCUCAAACCUCAUCUCCAGGUCAGCCGGAGCCUGGCGGAGGCCUAACUGAGAUCGAAGGGGCUCUGGCUGAAGAUGGGUCCUUGGAGAAAGGUUCUCUGGAGAGCAGUGGUGGAAAGGAGAAGCUGAGGAUGGAGUCACCAGUUCUGAGUAGCUUCGACUACCAAGACAGCCUGGGAAUGGGCUCCAGCUGUGCUCAGUCCACUUCCUCCUCCUCUUCGCUGAUCAGCUUCAAUAACUGGUCCCCUGCUGUUCCAUCCACCCAGUCUCCUGUGGUUGGUGAAGAUGUUGGAGGAUUCCUUGGUCCAGCUGGCACAAAUGCCAAUGGACCUCCUUUACUCUUCCAGAACUUCUCUCCCCAUCCCGCCCCUGGCUUUGGAGGUAGUUUCUCCCCACAGAUUGGACCAGUCUCCCAGCACCACCCUCCCACACCUCAUUCUCAGCACUACCACCCUCACAGUCCCGGGGUUCAGCAGCACCGACACUCCCCAGCUAGUCCCCAUCAACCCCAAACCUCCUUCACUCAACAUCCCCACCGCGCCGGUCCGUUCAGCCAGCUCCCCCACCUCGCCACUUCUCAGAACAAAUCCCACUCCCCCUGGGGAAGCUACCAAAGCCCCUCCACCCCGACAUCCACCUCUUGGAAUCCAGGCGGCUAUGGGGGCUGGGGAGGCACACAGGGCAUCCGAGAUUGCCGACGGGGCGUCGGUGGAGGGAUGUCCGGCCUCAACUCUAUUUCUCCAAUGAAAAAGUCUUUUCCCAACAACCAGCUUCCUUCACAGAAGUUCCUCCGAAAUAAUUCUGGCAUCAAUCAGAAGGGCUGGGUAGAGGACAACAUGAACCGCAACGACAACGUCUAUCCCUUUCAGCCUGAUAGAACCCGACCUUUUGAUGGUUUCAGCAUGGUGUCUCUGGAGAACUCCCUGAUUGAUAUUAUGAGGGCUGAACAAGAUUCCUUAAAAGGUCGCUAUAGCUUCUCCCACCAGAGUGGAGAUGGACCUCUACCUAUGAACGCAAGAAGUUAUGGCAGAAGACGAGGCAAUUCCUCCCUGUUCCCUGUGGAGGACGAGCGCUCGUUUGCAGAGGACGAGUCGGUUGAUCAGGGGCUUGCUGGACUCGUUUCGGCCCACUGCUUCCCUCACCUUAACGGUGAACGGGUGGAGCGGUAUUCCCGCAAAGUGUUUGUGGGAGGGUUGCCCCCAGACAUAGAUGAAGAUGAAAUUACUGCCAGUUUCCGCCGAUUUGGCCAUUUAUUUGUUGAUUGGCCCCACAAAGCAGAAAGCAAGUCUUACUUUCCACCAAAAGGGUACGCAUUCCUGUUGUUCCAAGACGAGAGUUCUGUUCAGGCCCUGAUCGAUGCCUGCAUCCAAGAGGACGGCAAACUGUACCUGUGUGUCUCCAGCCCCACCAUCAAAGACAAACCUGUCCAGAUCCGACCCUGGAACCUAAAUGACAGUGAUUUUGUGAUGGAUGGAUCUCAGCCUCUAGACCCGAGGAAGACCAUCUUUGUCGGGGGGGUUCCUCGCCCCCUGCGUGCAGUUGAGCUUGCCAUGAUCAUGGACCGUCUGUAUGGGGGGGUUUGCUACGCCGGGAUCGAUACGGACCCUGAACUCAAGUAUCCAAAAGGCGCAGGGAGAGUUGCCUUCUCUAAUCAGCAAAGCUACAUUGCAGCCAUUAGUGCCCGAUUUGUGCAACUGCAACACGGGGAGAUUGAUAAACGGGUGGAAGUGAAGCCAUAUGUCCUGGAUGACCAGCUGUGUGAUGAAUGUCAGGGCACUCGCUGCGGGGGGAAGUUCGCUCCUUUCUUCUGCGCCAACGUGACCUGUCUGCAGUACUACUGUGAGUACUGCUGGGCGGCCAUCCACUCUCGGGCCGGGCGCGAGUUCCACAAGCCGCUGGUGAAGGAGGGCGGGGACCGACCGCGACACAUCUCGUUCCGCUGGAACUGAGGCGAGAAGAGCCGGCGCACGAUAAAGGGGGAGGGACCAAGAAAUUAGGGAAGGAAUUUGGGCUAUGAUAUGAAAAAAAAAAUACAUGCACUUUUCCUUUAAGUUAAAAGAAUAAUAAUUUAUUUUUAUUUUUUAUCUUUUAAAUUGGGACUUCUAAAUGAAGUAAAUACAAAGAAGAGUGAAAUCCCAUUUGUUUUGACUUUCGGCGUGCAUGAACAUUUAUGGAUGCAUUACUUUUUGGGUUUUGAUGUUUUUUCUUUCUUUUUACUUGACUGUACUUUUUUGUUUCGGUGUUAGCUGGCUGAGCUGCUUUUGUUUUUGUCGAGAGUGACAUAAAAUUGAAGUGAGAUGCAUCAUAUCUAAAUCAGUAUACAACGUCGGGGUGGCUUUUUUUUUUUUUUUUUUUUGCAGGAUUGGAGAAAAUCUUUACCAAUUUAACCAAAGGUUGAGUGCAAAUGGAUGACCUAAUGUUGACAAAAGUGGAAAAAAGAAGAAAUUCUCCCUUCAGUUUGGCACACACUUGUAGAUUUUUCCUUUUUGGCAUGACUUUUUUUUUUAGGUUAUUUAAAUUCUUUUUAACAAGAAAGGGCAAACCAAAGAUUGGCCUAAACACAAAAAAACGGUCACUCAUCUGAGGGUUUCAGGACGUCCUCUUGUAACAGUCAGAGGUAAGGCUGGAGUUUUGGUUUGUGGGUUUCAAUGAUUAAAGACACAGCCCUCAGGGCUCAGGUAUUGGCAGUAGUAUUUAUUCAUUUUAUAUUGUCAGGGAUAUUGGCACUGGAGGCUAACAUGCUAACGUAGUACUAACUAAUGGGAAUGCACAGUCUAGUUUCCCUGAGCUGUCCUCAUAGUGUACCACUGCACGCUCUACUGUGACUGGAGCUUCUAUCACAAGUCUUGUGGUUGGAUAUGGUAGUAGCAAAAAUUUGCUGUCACAGAGAUAAAAAUAUUAUUUUAUACAUGGCCUGCUGUUUUUUGUAAAGUGUUUUAUAGCUGAUUAUUUUGUCAUGAACAUAUAAACAUUUAUUAUGCACUACUUUUUCUAAAUAUUUUUUUCAAUAGUCAUUUUAGGCACAUUUUUCACAAAUGGGAGAACUCCUUUUGCAAUACCUCAUUUUUUUUCACUUGAUGAAAAAUAAUUUUGUACCUUUGUUACUAAAAGAUCUGCAUUUAUGGUAAGCUUAAUUUAAAAAAAAACAAAUGAUAUUAAUAUAAUUUUUAAUUAGCUUUUAUAUAUUUAAGUUCUGGUAAAUCUAAAAAAAUGUCUGGUGCAUUGGUGUGAUUCUGUGAAAUAAAAUAAAAGAAUUAGCUGGCUUUCAUAAACCAGUCAUAUAUGGAUUAUCCUCUACUAAUAAACAUAAUCACAGGAUCCUAAGACAUAGCAAGACCUUUCUAAAGUGAUUUCUUUUUUUUUUGGGUAGUCUUGAGAAUAUAACCCGAUUCUGCUCCUAGUUGUGUUAAAUAAGAUUUAUGAGUAGGGUGAGUGUGUUGGCUUUGGUCAAUGUGAAAUCUUCCUCUCUCUGAUUGGAGUGAAUAUUUAGAUCCUCUUUCUGAGACUGCCUGUAACUUCUACUUAUUCUUGGCAUGCAUAAGAGAUAACAAGACUAGUGAUAAUGCAGGACCUAAUGUAAUGCACUAGAUCUCCUAUUUUUUUUCCUUUUUUUUUUUUUCUUAUUUCCUUAUCUCUUCGAGAUCACCUCUCUUGUAGCCUCUCCUCACCUGAUGGAGUCUGCCUUUCUCACACAGACUUGAUGUUUAUGCAAUAUACACCGUGGCAACACUUUGGAUGUGUUUUGUAACGUAGAGGACACUCUGUAGGAACAAGUUGAGGCAACUUGAUCACUUUUGACCCCAUUUGUGAUGUGGCAUGCUUUGGGACAUAACCUGAAUGUGAUUUAAUGUUGCAAGUUAACUUUGAGCCAUUAUGUGCAAUACUUCUUCUUUCCAGAAACAGUUCUCCGCAGUGUAAGUCAUUUGAUCCAUUGAAAUCAUGCAGUCUUGAACACUUGUUUUCCUGUCGUUUAUGCUGAUGUCUCAAAAAGAGGAAAAAAAAAACUGAAUUUAUUUUUUAACAUUAGUUUUGUGCUUAUUUACUUAUUUUGCUACUACCAUGCUACUGUGGUUGAAAACAUUGUAUAUACUAGGUCGAUAAUGUAUGUAUCAUUUGCUAUAUUUUCAAUUGAGAUGUAUAACUAUUAUUUUGAUCAGAACCUUUGUUAUAUAUUUUUGGGUGAUGUGUUUAACUUGGUAACGUGUCUAGUUUUUUCUAAUUGCUGUAAUGUGCUCCACAUUCUCAAAUGAAAACAAAAUAAUCUGUUAGUAUUGCUUCAUUGCAAAAUUUCAAUAGUUUUUACUUGAAUGCUGGGAAAGGUUAUAUUUAUUGACUUAUUUUUUUUUACCUAAAAUUUUGAUUUUUAUCAAGUCAUUUCACAUUUAUAUGUAAGUUUGAAUUUUUAUAUCUAUUUUUUUUUCUCCCUGAUUUAUUUACGCUACAAUACGGACAUCAGUUUUUAUAGUCAGUUUGUAGUACUGAAGUAAAAUGGAAAUCUAAUGUCACAUUUUCAUUUGCUGCCAACUGUUGGUAACCUGUAUGCAUACAUUUGAAGUAUUUGUAAUGUAAGAUGUUGAAUGAAUAAAACAGGCGUGAGAAAAAGAAAA